UUUUUGGGGCCUCUCGCUGGGAAGCAGCCCGUCCGUUUACAUUCGGCCGCCUUGUAUGUAAACAUAUUCGGGGGGUGGUAAGUUUUGCCGCCCGAGUCCUUUAAGGCCCGGGAUGUGCAGCGUGUAGGUGGAAGUUUGCUGUGAGGAGGGUGGACAGGAACAGGGCCCGAGCACUCGCCUGCGAGGGCUCAUGAGGCAGGUGCCCAGAGUGUCAUCUCUUGUUAAGUCCCCUCGUUUAGAUCUGAGGGGACGAGCCUGAAGCUCAGGUGGUGUUUUGCCGUGAGCCGCCCCGCCCUCCCCUCUCCCUCACUUUCUGGGGCUACUUAGGAGAGCUUGGCAGGUGCACGCGGCGCCGUGGGCCUCUCUGAGCCGCAGCGCGGGGCUGGCGCAUCGGCCGAGCGUCACACUGUGUUUUGAUUUCAGAACUCUCCAAAGCCUUUCUGUCUUAUUCAGUCUUGUUUCUAAAACUCUGGAAAGAGCAACAAACCAGGCUGCCGUUUGAAAUGCUGGAAAUCACGCUCUGGCUUGCACGACGCUGGUGAACUUCAGAGCUUGGCUGGUGAUGGAGAGAGACUGGAAAGACCAGUGGGCUCAUGCGACGAUCCCGAGUCUGGGCUGCCUGGCAGUAGGCGGAGCCCGCGCCUCGGCUGUGCUCCGCGACGUCCCUGAUCAUCCAGAGACGCCCCGCACAUCCGCGAACAACAAGGUGGACGUUUAAGACACGGAGUAACAGGGUAUUAACGGGAGAGGCCUGGUGCCCUUGAGCGGCGGGAGAGCACGACCCAAGACGCCGCCCGCUCUCGCAGCAGUGAAGUCGAGCCUGGUGUCCCCUGUGAGCUGACCAGCAGGGUCACUGUGUAGCAGCUGGGCCGUGAGCACCGUUGUCAGCGCUCUGUAUUCUUCAUCUGUUCUCAGCAGCAAAGAGAAGCUAGGUCCUCCGGCUCUUGCUGGGACUUAAUUCCCUUUAAUCAGAGCCACUUCUCUUCCUAGAAGGAAGCUUUUGCUUCUAUUUUCCUUCUCAAAGAAAGGGCUUUUGUUAUUUUGUUUUUACUGUAAUUCAGAAAAAUUCCACCCGAGACAUCUGGUUGACCUGGGGGUGGACGUGACCCCCCUUCCCUCCAGUUACUGUACAGCCCGCACGGCUGAGUUUAGGCACGGGGGAUGCCGUGUGUGUCACAAAGCUGUGCAGCUUUGACUUCAGCUAAAUUCCUGCCUUUUCCUUCCAGCCGAGGCGGCCCACAGGGAGCGACUGGCUCUGCUCGGAGCCCUUGCCCUUAAGGGCUUAUUGUCAUGCGAAUAAGAUGCCGGACACAUUGGCUGAAGGAAGAAACGGGUGAAUCGUGUGCUUUCACAAGGCCCAGUCGGCCGUCCUGCCUGGUGCUGUGCGCUGCGAGAGCGAGCAGGGACCAUCUCUUUCCUUCUUCUUGCCCGCGACAUUGAGAUCCAGGAGAACCAGGGGACCAGGGUGGCCAGGUCCGUGGAGACCCAGCCGUGGCCCUGUGAUGGCUUGGGGUUUUCCUGGUGUGCCUGAGUGUCCCCAGGUACUGGACAGUCAUCUCCAGUCCCGCCACCAGGUGAACUAGUAGUGUUCUGGGAAUAAAAGCUUGGCGAUUCAGGUCAAAAAGCCUGGAGGACCACGGUGUACCAGGUCCACGCACGUCAGUGUUGUUCCGUUGUUUGCAAAGUAUCGGCUUCCAGGUUUUAACCUGGGUACAACGUACAUGUGCUUUAAAGAUUAUUUUCUUUAUCCUGUGAUUCAGAAAUAUAACUUCUGUAUCAUUUUCAAGGGUAUAAUUCAGCGACAUGACAGUUCCACAGCCAUCCCACUGCCCAUUUCGAGAGCAUUUUCUCAACCCGUGCAGGAGCUCUGCGCCCCGAGCAACCCCGGGGCCUCUGCUCUGCGUCCGGUGUCUGUGAGUCGCCUGUUCCAGGCCCUCAGACAAGUGGAAUCAUGCGUGUGUCCUUCUGUGACUGGCUUAUCUGGCCUGGCAUGUUGUUUCCAGGUUUCCAUCCAUGUUGCAGCGCGCGUCAGAACGCCAGGCCUUUUCACUCAGCCACACCCCACUGUGUGCGUCAGCCGGGUCCUGUCUGUAAUUGUGUUUAUUCACCUGCUGAGGGGCACUUGGUCGGCUUCCGCGAUUUGACUGUUGUGAAUAAUGCUCCCAGCAGUGUUUGUGAAACGCGUUUAUGGUGGAACGUAACUACGUUGUGCUUUGUGCGCAGUUCCUGAUGGUAACACGUGGAACAUGAAGAACUGUAAUGAGGCAAAGGCAUGAACAAACCACAAAAACAAAAAUGCACUCUAAGUUCAAAGGAUGAGCAGCCUUGCAUCAUGAUGGAAGCAUUUGCUGAAGGCUGGGGUUGCGCCAGGCACACACCCUGAGUCCCAAGCAUCUCAGGAGGGCCCUCCCCAGCUGGGAGGGGCGGCGAGUGUGUGCUGGAGGGACAAGGCCCAGGCGGGCAGCUCUGCUCGCAGGCAGAGGUGGCUGGUGCCGCCGGAGAGGUGCAGGCAAGGCCUUCGGGCCUUCGGAGGCCGGGACAGGGCCCCCCGGGUCAGGGUGGGGGCGUGAAGGAGGCUGCAGGACUCAGCCCGGCGCCACGGGAGCAGACAAGGCACUGACUGUGGUCAAUGUCCAGCCCUGCUCUGUCUUUGCUGAAUCCAGUUUGUGUUCUUCUGUUUCCUGGGCCUGCCCGGAGGGCUCUGGGUUCCUCUGGUUCACUGCUGUUAAGCAGGCUUCAUCCUGCACUUAAACAGUCCUGUCGCUCCGUCUCCAGCGGCACCUUGGAUUCGCUGGGCCUGGCUCUUCUGUGCCUCCGGGCGACCACGCUCUGGUUAACCUUCUGGAAGAGCUGCUUCUCUCUGGGUGGUCUGGAGCACCGCUCUCAGGGGACGCAGACCUGGGCUCAUGCUGUCUGCCCAGGGGCAGCUCACGACACGGUGAGCGAGCAGCCCCAGCGCUCCUGAGCUGUGUGACCGCAGGGAAGUUACUCCACCCCUCUGACCCCCUUGUGCAACAUGAGGGCUCUGGGCGACACCUGUGGCCCCGUCCAGCGCCACGGCUUUAUGCUUGCCCGUAUUUGAAGCAGCUCGGACAUCGGCUGGCCAGAGGCAUCAGGGCCAUGGUGGGACUCUGAGCGAGACCUGCCCACAGGAACCGGCUGUCACCCACCGGCCUUCCCAGCCCGGAUUCAGGAUGCUGACCCUGAAGCUCCCGAGGCUGCUCAGCGCUGAGCAGGUGCCCCAGGAGUUCCAUGAGCAGGGUAUCCUCUUUGGCUACCGACAUCCACAGAGCUCCGCCGCUGCCUGUGUCCUCAGCCUCUUCCAAAUGACCAAUGAGACCCUCAACAUCUGGACGCACCUGCUGCCCUUCUGCUUCUUCACGUGGAGGUUUGUGAGCGUCCUGCGUGCGACGGACAUCCUGAACGACAGCUACUCCUGGCCCCUGCUCGUGUACAUGGGUGCCAGCUGCGUGUACCCGCUGGCGUCCAGCUGCGCGCACACCUUCAGCUGCAUGUCCGGGAACGCCCGGCACAUCUGCUACUUCCUGGACUACGGCGCCGUCAGCCUCUUCAGCCUGGGCUCCGCCAUCGCCUACUCGGCCUACGUGUUCCCGGACUCCCUGGUGUGCAGCACCUUCCACGACUACUACGUGGGCCUGGCCGUGCUGAGCGCCGUCACGAGCACCGGCCUCUCCUGCUACUCCAGGUUUCUUGAGAUCCAGAAGCCCAGGCUCUGUAAGUUGCUCCGUAUUCUGGCCUUCGCUUAUCCCUACACCUGGGAUUCCCUCCCCAUCUUCUCCAGGCUGUUCCUGCUCCCCGGGGGGAGUGCACAGAAUGAAGCCACCCUGUACCACCAGAAGCACAUGGCCAUGACCCUCCUGGCCUCCUUCUUCUACUCCGCACAUCUGCCGGAGCGCCUGGCCCCUGGCCGCUUCGACUACAUCGGUCACAGCCACCAGCUCUUCCACGUGUGCGCGGUCCUGGCCACGCACAUGCAGAUGGAAGCCGUACUUCUGGACAAGACUCUGAGGAAGGAAUGGCUCCUGGCCAACUCCAGGCCCCUGCUGCUCCCUCACAUAGCUGGAGCCGUCCUCCUGUGCCUCGUCUGCAGCCUGAGCAACAUAGUUUAUUUCUCAGCUGCUCUGUAUCGGAUUCCCGAGCCAGAAUCACUUAAAAAAGAAACAUGAUUCAGAGCAUAAGCCCUCUGUGCCAAAUGUCACCAUCAAGCCUACGACAUCCUAAGCCCCCGAGCCAGGGGUGUGGUUCUAGUUUACAGUGGCCGAAAAUAUUUAUGGAGCUUGGUGUCUUGGCACUUUUGAGUGGCUUCCUGUCAAUAAGGUGUUCAACUGGGGGGGCGUCUCUGGGUGUGCAGUGGUUCUGCAUGUGUGAUUUUAAAGGGGGAACAUGGGUCCAAGUCGGUCCUCAGGCAGGCACACCACUAAUGUUUCACGAAGCGUUAGCUUUGUUUAAAGUGAGCUCGCCAGCUCUAUCUCAGCAGUUGGAGCGGGCCCACCGCCCUGCAGCUGCACAUGAAGUAGUUGCUUUGUGCUUCCCUGCCCUCGCGGUGGGCCUCUGAGGACAGAAUGCGCUUCAUCUGCUGAGUCUCACGCAGCAGAGUCUCUCCGGGGGCUCCCACCGUGGGAGGAGGAUGAGCUGGAACUACCGCCCAGUAGGGGAACCUGAGAGAGAGGAGGCCGGGUGCGUGGGAGCCCCGGGCAGGGAAGGAGCCUGGUUGGGGAGGGGUCUCAUCUUUUCCCCACCUGCGAAGGGGCCGGGCAGGAAGAGCCCUCUCUCCCGACGAGCCCGCCCCGCCUUGCAGAGCAGCUCCGAAGUCAUAUGGACUUGGAUUUUCUUAAUCCAAUUUUCUUAAUCGUGCGUUCUGCUUUGCUCUGCUUUCUUGUCGCGGGUUCGGUGCCGCGGGUGUCCGGCGGCGCAGGGGAAGUGUGCCCCCCGGGGCGCCGGCUAAGCCAGCCCCAGCUGGCGGUGCUCGGCCCUCAGCUUUUAAACCAGUGACUGUAUGUUGCCUCAGCAUUUCAUAGGUGCAAAAUGCAGCGUUUGCGUGCGGAGGACGCUGAAGGCCUUGCCAGAGAGACGGAAACACUUGGUGAGCUUGUGCCAGUGCAGGUUCCCCCGGGCAUAGCCAGAGACCCUGUUUUACUAGCUUAAAACGUGGGUUUCCUGGAGAAGGUGUGCGCUGGAGCGAGUCCCCUGGGUGCUUCUAAGCCAGGAGGGCCACGGGCCGAGCUCGAAGACAGACGCGCUGGCGUCACAGAUUCCAGAGGGCACUGGGCUAUCAGCUUGGUUUCAGUCGGUCUAACUUCAGCAGCUCACCACCUCAUGGUGAGUCAGUCCCCUGCCUUCCACUCCGUGUGGUGCUAAAAGGCCGAGUGUUUUCUCAUCUGUUGCGUGAGUAAUUAAGGUCCCGUAUCUCAUGGGGUCUUCACAGUGUACAGAAAUGCUGACGCAGAACAGGUUUUAACGGAGGCCCGUCAACCCCUGACGUGCACUUGGGAAUGGCUUAAGGGGCUGUCCGCCACAGCUGACUCAGGAGCACCCCCGUAUCUUGGAGCACUGCCUCUGUGGUGGACUGGCCCAGACACCCGAAUGGGCUUGGAAACUGCUCACCGCUCAGUCCUCUGGGGACAAGUAACAAUUUACAUUGGCUGAGAGUGGUCAAGAAAUAUGAUUCAUUAGCUGUGUUACCCGUUUACUUCCUCUGGGGACGGCAGACUGAUAAAAUGACGUGGGCUGGUAAAUUUUUGGUACAUCAAUUGCAAGCUGCACAACAGAAUUUGAUUUUGGCAAGAGGCUGACGCUGCAGGUGGCAUCUUACUCCAGCAGGGCCUGUGGGCUUCUGUCUUGUCUUGCUGUAAGUUCGGGUCAGUUUUAUGGUGAACAAAGGCACAGAGUUUAAACACCCUACUCUAGUGAUGCCAGAGGCACGAAGCCUUUUACAUUCUCUUGUUGGCAGAGAGCAAAAUAAUGUUCUUCGCUUAGCUCAGAAACAGUUGAAAGAUAACGGUGACUAAUUUGAAGGACUUGGAUUAUUUAGAAGUUACGCUGCUUCUCCAGCAUGGUUAAUGAGGAAGAUGAAAUGGCAAGCUUUAAGUCAACAAUAUCAGACCAGUGUCCCAUAAUGUUUUUAUAAGUUUGGUAAACCUAGUCCCAUCGUAUACUUUUGGACAGCGUUACAAACUAAAAUUUUGUAACACUUUGUAAUACACUGAUUUGGAAGCUUCUAAUGUCGAGUGAGAAUAUAUUAUAUGGGUUCAAAUCUAUUAAUUAUUAAGUAUUAUGAGUUGGAUGUGGGUGUAGUUUUGCCCAAGCCAUUCCGGAAAUUCAACAAGGUUGGCAGGGGGUCAGUUGAAACCCCACUGGAGAAAUGUCUUUUAAUGUAGCCGUUCUCAAUUUUUUGGUCUCAAUAUGCUUUAGAGGCUUCCCAUCCUCCCACUGUGGCGACUGCUCCCCAGGGCCUUGUCUCCUAAAGGGAGGGGUCAAGGUGGGCAACUCCUAAAGAGGUGUGCCUCGUCCUCCUCCCCCUGCUUGAGAAGCACCACCCUGACACUUACCGGGGGUCGUCGCUGGGGUAAGACUGAGCGCGUCUGAAUGAGGCCGCUCAGUCAGCACCUCUCCCUCCACUCCCAGAUGGGGGAGCUGCAUUUCCCAUUGCUCAGCUUCUAAAUAGGUCUCCUCUUCUUUCUAAAGACAUGAACUUGUCAUUGUGGGUUAGAAUUAGCAGUGGGAUGUUUAGCAGCCUUUUGGAUACACAGUGAUUUAAAUAUUUGGUCUGCAGUCUUCCUCAAAGUGUUCUUGGUGGAGACGUUCUGUGGAAGGCAGGGUGGGGGCCGCUGCUGCUGUCAGAUAUGUUGGAGAAACUCUUCAUUUGGACCUGCUGUCUGUAAAGUUCGUUUUGGCCCCAGUGCCCUUUUUAUAUGUAACCCCUGUUAACGCCGCAUAACAACACUUUACAGCAUUGAAUGAACGCCAGCCUCUGGUCUUCCAGUCGGCCAUCCGUUAGGGAUGAGAAGGCAGAGACCUGCUUCCAAACUCAGAGGUGUUCUUCCAGCUUACACUAAUGUCUGGUUUUCUUAAACUGUGUGAAAGAAAAAUAAAAUUUAUUUAUGAUAAUAAAGGCCUCCUGGUUCUCAUCUG